GCGCCUGAUUGGAGGAGGGCAAGAAGUGGGCGGGAGAGUCACAAGAUGGCGGGGCUUGGUUCACCGCUGCGGACGUUGCGAGGCCUCCUGCGCGAGCUCCGCCACGCGAGCGCCCAGGCAGGCCGCCCCUACCGGGACACGCCCGUGUAUAAAUACGUCCUCUCGGCCUUCCGUGCCCACCGGGUCACCAGUGAGAAGCUCUGUCGGGCCCAGCAGGAGCUGCACUUCCAGGCAGCCACGUAUCUCUGCUUGCUCCGCAGUGUCCGGGAGCACUUGGCCCUUCACCAGGAGUAUCACGGCAAAGGGGAGCGCUCGCCUGAGGAGGUUGCUGGCUUGGUGGGCUUCAGCUUGCCUCAGCAGCCAGGAGGAAAGGGUUGAGAUUCUUAGAAAUGCAAAUGCUUGCUAAGAACAUCGUCCAAGGACUUCAAAAUGGCUGUGUUAUUUAUCUCUGAAUAAAUAUCCUUGGUUAUGUAAA